GGCCAAUGCAUAGUGCACCGCAGCGAGGUCCUGUUCCGGAGGUCAGAAGAGGGUGUGUGACAUUGCUCGGCCUUCCCAUGGUGAAGUUGUGAUGGCAAACGUGAGUCCGGAGCUGGACAACAUGGAGGUACAAACACCCCCUAACAACAACAAUCGCUGGGAUCAGGCCGAACAUGUGUGGGACGAGACUGCGGCCUCUGGAAAACUGUUUGAGUGCUCUCGGAUUAAAGCUUUGGCUGAUGAACGUGAUGCUGUUCAGAAGAAAACCUUCACCAAGUGGAUGAAUUCUCAUCUCUCAAAAGUACCAUGUCGUGUUAAUGACCUGUACGGUGACCUGCGGGAUGGAUACAUCAUCACCAAACUUCUGGAGGUGCUGUCUGGAGAGCAGCUGCCUAAACCUACCCGGGGCCGGAUGAGAAUUCACUCUCUGGAGAAUGUGGACAAAGCUCUCCAGUUUCUCAAGGAGCAGCGGGUCCAUCUAGAGAACGUGGGCUCACAUGAUAUCGUAGACGGCAAUCACCGGCUUACCCUGGGCCUUAUCUGGACUAUUAUCCUCCGUUUCCAGAUCCAAGUUAUCAAGAUAGAAACAGAAGACAAUCGCGAGACAAGGUCAGCAAAGGACGCCCUCCUCCUUUGGUGCCAGAUGAAGACUGCAGGCUAUCCUGAGGUCAAUAUUCACAACUUUACCACAAGUUGGAGAGAUGGGCUGGCCUUCAGUGCUCUGAUCCACCGACACAGACCAGAUAUAAUUGAUUUCAGCAAGUUGACAAAGUCAAAUGCAACCCACAACCUCCAGUACGCCUUUAAUGCAGCUGAGCAGCAACUGGGUCUGAUCAAACUUUUAGACCCGGAAGAUGUUAACACGGAGAAUCCUGAUGCGAAAUCCAUCAUAACGUACGUUGUGUCCUUUUACCACUACUUCUCCAAGAUGAAAGCUUUAGCUGUGGAGGGCAAGCGUAUUGGAAAGGUGCUGGACGAGGCUAUUGCCACUGAGAAGGACCUCUACAGAUAUGAAGUCUUGGCAACAGAACUUUUAGAAUGGAUUGAAAGAACCAUAUCUAUCAUCACAAACCAGAAAUUCGCCAACUCCUUGCUGGGUGUCCAGCAACAGCUUCAGGCAUUCACCACGUAUUGCACGACCGAGAAACCCUGCAAAUUCCAGGAGAAGGGUAAUUUGGAGGUUCUCCUUUUCACCAUUCAGAGCAAGAUGAGGGAAGAGAAACGCAAAGUGUAUGUUCCACCUGAGGGAAAAACCAUAUCUGAUAUUAACAAGGCUUGGACGCGAUUGGAGAAAGCUGAACAUGAGAGAGAGGUCUCCCUGCGCAAUGAGCUUAUCCGUCAAGAGAAGCUGGAGCUGUUGUCUCAGAGAUUUGAUCAGAAGGCUGCCAUGAGAGAGGCAUGGCUUAGUGAGAACCAGCGUCUUGUGUCCCAGGAUAACUUCGGGUAUGAUCUGUCUGCAGUGGAGGCUGCCAUGAAGAAACACGAGGCCAUUGAGGCAGAUAUUUCCUCCUAUGAGGAGCGGAUCCAAGUGGUGGCAGACCUGGCCCAGGAGAUGGAGUCAGAGGGAUAUUAUGAUAUCUGUAGAAUUGCGGCUCAGAAGGACAAUAUCCUGAGACAGUGGAACCUACUUAAAGACCUGCUGAGUUCCCGAAGAAAGAGGCUGGAGCGUAACCUGGCACUGCAGAACAUAUUUCAAGAGAUGGUGUACAUGAUCGACUGGAUGGAUGAGAUGCAGGUUCCGUUGGGAUCUAAAGAUUUUGGAAAGCAUCUGUUGGAAGUAGAAGACUUACUGCAAAAACACAGCUUGCUAGAGGCUGACAUCGCUGCUCAGACUGAAAGAGUCCACUCCCUAAACCAGGCAGCACUAAAAUUCACAGAAUUUUCAGAUUACCAGCCCUGUGACCCUCAGAUCAUCUGCAACCGAGUUGAACACGUCAAGAGCUGUCUGGAGGGUCUUCGUCAUCUGGCAGAGAAACGCAGAGGAGAGUUGGAAGAAUCCAAGCGUCUCUGGUGUUUCCUGCAGGAGGUAGAGGAGACUGAGGGUUGGAUUCGAGAGAAAGAACAUAUUCUGUCAACUCCACAAAACUAUGGGAAGGAUUUGAGCAGCGUCUUACGUCUUUUAAGCAAGCAUAAGAUGUUGGUGGGGGAACUUGGAGGGAGGCACGCCAUGCUACAGCAGACCCUUCAAAGGGGUGAGCAGGUGCUGAGUAAGAGGAGGAGAGGAAUGGCUGGACUUCGUCAGCGAAUGCAAGAAGUGAAGCAGAAAUGGGAGAACCUUGAGAAGGCAGCAAAGGCUCACCAGUUAACGCUCCAGGAGGCUUCCAACUUCCACCAGUUUAACGCAGACACCAUGGAGCUUGCUGGUUGGCUGCAGGACAGCUAUCGCCUGGUGUCCAGUGAUGACUUUGGGCAUGACGAGUAUUCCACCCAGUCUUUGGUCAAAAAGCAUCGUGCAGCCACUGUGGAAAUAGAGAAACACAGAGCUACAGUGCUCGGAUUGAGAAAACUGUUAUCUGAACUGGGUACUGAGUACCGAAACCAGGUGGAUGUACAGAUUAGCAUUGUGGAGGUGGAGCAGCUCUUUGGAGAGGUGGUGGAAGUUGCCUCCUUGAGAAGUCAGUGGCUUCAGGAUGCUUUAGCUGUUUAUAAAAUGUUUGGUGAGGUUAACGCCUGUGAAGUGUGGAUUGAUGAGAAAGAACAGUGGCUGUUAAAGAUGGAGAUCCCACAGAGACUGGAGGAUGUUGAGGUGGUCCAGCACAGGUUUGAGAGCCUGGACCAGGAAAUGAACAGUCUCAUGGGUCGGGUAUUGGAUGUUAAUCAGAUUGUGCAGCAACUGCUGGAAGGGGGACAUCCCAGUUCCUCUGAGGUGCAAGCUUGUCAGGAUCACUUAAACAGCAGGUGGAACCGGAUUGUGGAAUUAGUGGAGAAGAGAAAAGAACAGAUCACUUCCGUUCUUCGCCUGCAGAAUUAUUUCUUCGAGUGCAUCGAAGUGAAGUCUCAGAUUCGUGAAAAGAGGAAAUCUAUGGAGACCUCCCAGUGUGGCAGUGGAGAGUUAGGUGGAGUUUUGACCCUGCAAAGAAAACUUUCAACUAUGGAAGCAGCAUUGGUGGCUUUGGAACCCAAGUUGGUCCAGCUGCAGCAAGAUGCUGAAGUUCUCGCCACGUGCCACCCAUCUCAGGCCAUGGAGGUGUUGGUGCACUUUGAAGAGAUAAGUGGGGAGUGGGAAGCUCUGAAGAGAACUCUCCAAGGAUGUGAGGACUCUCUAACAGUGGCCAACAAGUUGCAGCAGUUUAUCCAAGACCUAGACAACUUCCUGACCUGGUUGGUCAAGACACAAACCGCAGUGGCUGUAGAGGAGUUGCCUUCCAACCUGAUUGAAGCUGAGAGGUUGCUGGGGCUUCAUGCCUCCCUUAAAGAGGAGAUCAAUAGAUAUGAGGAGGACUACAACAAUAUUCAGGCUGUCAGUGACCUUUUGAGCCUAGAAGAGGCUGAUCUCCCAUAUCUUUCUCUCCAGCAGUGGUUGCAGAAGUUGGAAGUUGGAUGGAACAAGCUUCUCCAGAUGUGGGAGAACAGAAGGGAGGUCCUUGUACAGUCUCACAUCUUCCAUCUGUUUUUAAAAGAUGUCAAACAGGCUGAGGCCUGCUUGAACAACCAGGAGUCAGCGCUGGCUCAUGUUGAGUUGCCCAACACUGUAGCAGGAGUGGAAAAAGCCAUCAAGAAGCACAAGGAUUUCCUGACCACCAUGGAAGUGAACACACAGAAGGUUACGAUAGCAGUGGUAGCUGGGGAGAGCUUGAUACGACUUGGAAAUGUGUUCGCUGACCGUGUUCAAGAAAGGAUUUCCGCAAUCCAGAAAAGGAGUCAACGUAACAUGGCGCUUGCACAGAAAUGGCUACAGAAACUGAAAGACCAUUUGCAUCUUCAACACUUUCUGCAAGACUGCAAUGAGCUGGAUGCCUGGGUCAGUGAGAAGACACUGAUGGCUCGGGAUAACUCGCGGGACGUGACGCAGAAACUCCACAAAAAAUGGCUCAAGCACCAGGCGUUUAUGGCUGAACUUACGCAGAACAAGGGCUGGCUUGACAAAAUUGAAAAGGAAGGUCAACAGUUGAUCCAGGAGAAGCCAGAGCUAGCCGGGGUGGUAAAGAAAAAGAUUGAGGAGAUCCGUCAGUGUUGGGUGGAGCUUGAGUCCACCACUCAGGCCAAAGCACAGCAGCUCUUCCAGUCCAGUAAAGCUGACCUGGUAGUACAAAACUAUUCAGACCUGGGAAAGAGACUCUUCAAGAUAGAAGAGCAACUUCAACCAUUGCAACCUUUACCAGACCUUUCCACAGUCAACACACAUAUGAAGAAGCUUGAGACAAUGGAGUCUCAGAUGGAGGAAUGGUACAAGGAAGUGGGUGUGCUGCAAGCACAGAUUGCAUCUCUGCCAUUGGAUGUAGCCAGCCAAGAGGCAGUGGAUCAGAAACAGAAUGAAGUCGGAACCAGGAUUGUGCGGCUGAUUGAACCCCUGAAGGAGAGAAGACGGAUUCUUUUGGCCUCAAAAGAGGUCCAUCAAGUCACCCGGGACCUGGAAGAUGAAAUUACCUGGGUACAGGAAAGGCUGCCUCUUGCUACUUCUAAAGACCACGGAAGCAACUUGCAAACUGUUCAGCAACUCAUCAAGAAAAACCAGAACCUACGACGAGAGAUCCAGGUACAUAAACCUCGAGUGGACGACAUCUUGGAGAGAGCAUCAGCCAUUGCCAGUAUCCGCAGUCCAGAGGCAGAAGGGGUCCGGAUAGGGUAUGAGAGCCUGCGAGAGAUGUGGAACAUGAUGCGGGAGGAAACUGAAAGGCGGCAACAGCUGUUAGACAUCAACUACCAGGUGCAGCAAUAUUACUUUGAUGUGGGUGAAGUGGAGACAUGGCUGAGCGAGCAGGAACUUCUCAUGAUGAAUGAUGAUAAGGGAAAGGAUGAGCAGAGCACGCUGCAGCUAUUGAAAAAGCACCUUAUGGUGGAACAGACCAUUGAGAACUAUGAGGAAACCAUUGCUCAGCUGUCUCGGCAGUGUCGUAACCUCCUAGACCUAGGGCACCCUGACAGUGAGCAGAUAAGUAGGCGUCAGUCUCAGAUUGAUCGGCUCUACGUGUCUCUGAAGGACCUGGUGGAGGAGCGGAAGGGGCGACUGGAACAGCAAUAUUGGCUCUUUCAGCUGAGCCGCGAGGUGGAUGAGCUGGAGCAGUGGAUUGCAGAGAAGGAGGUGGUGGCCGGGUCUCCAGAGCUGGGCCAGGAUUUUGAACAUGUGACUCUUCUUCAGGAGAAGUUCACAGAGUUUGUUAGUGAGACGGGGAGCAUAGGACAGGAACGCAUCUCUGCUGUGAAUCAGAUGGUGGAUGAACUCAUUGACUAUGGCCACUCAGAUGCAGCUACCAUAGCAGAGUGGAAAGACGGCGUGAAUGAGGCCUGGGCGGACUUGCUGGAGCUGAUGGAGACAAGAGCGCAGAUGCUGUCUGCUUCUCAUGAAUUACAGAAGUUCUUUAAUGACUGCAAAGAGGUUCUGUCCCAGGUGGAAGAGAAAAAGCAGAGGAUCCCAGAGGUGAAGGCACAGGAGGCUCGCCUCUCUGCUGGCUCACUGCAGCGAAUUCUUAGCUCUUUCGAACAUGACAUUCAGGUCCUUGUCACUCAGGUACGACAGCUGCAGGAGAACGCUGCCCAGCUACGCACAGUAUAUGCAGGAGAAAAUGCAGCUGCCAUUGUCACCAGUGAGCAGGAAGUGAUGCAUUCAUGGAAGGAAUUGCUGACCACAUGUGAGGAAUGCAGGCUGCAGAUCACCACUACCAGUGACCGCAUGAAGUUUCUGGGUCUUGUGAAAGAUCUGAUCUCCUGGAUGGACAGUGUCAUCUGUCAGAUUGGAACAGGAGAGAAGCCCAGGGAUGUGUCCGCAGUAGAAGUUCUCAUGAGUUAUCAUCAGGGUUUACAGAGUGAAAUAGAGGCAAGAAAUAAGAGGAUCGCAGACUGCGUAGAGCUAGGAAAGUCCCUGGUCCUGAACAAGAGGCCGGCGUCUGAAGAGAUCAAGCAAAGCCUGGACAGGCUGAUGGUGAAGAAGAAGGAGAUGCUGGACAAAUGGAACAAACACUGGGAAUGGCUGCAGCAGAUGCUGGAAGUGCAUCAGUUUGCCCAGGAAGCUGGAGUAGCUGAGGCCUGGCUGACUGCUCAGGAGCCCAUAGUGAAGAGCCCGGAGCUGGGCAACAGUGUGGAUGAGGUGGAGCAGCUGAUCCGACGGCAUGAAGCCUUCCGUAAAACCGCAGCCGCCUGGGAGGAGAGGUUCAGCUCACUGAGACGCCUCACUACACUCGAGAAGAUGAAAGCCGAGCAGAACAAACAACCCGCAACUCCUCUCCUUGGUCGAAAAAUUUUCCACGAUACCACAGACUUUUCAUCUCGCCCAUCACCUCUUGUCCAGCAGCCGGGCUAUGAAAAGUCUGAGACUAAGCUGGAGCAGAAGGACACUCUGGCUGUUCCGAAUGGGGUCCAGCCAGAGAGUCACAGAACACGGACAGAGAGGGGUGAAGCAAGGGUAGGGUACGUGCGGCAAGAGAUGAAGCCAGAGAGACUUCAGCCAAAGAUAGAUCAUGUGGAGGCCAAGAUAACAGAGAAGAUUGUGCCUGCUCAGGAAGCAACCCGCGGGGACAGAGCUGAGAACAGAGUUGCUCAAGGUAUGGCCACUUUAACUGUAGAGAAAGCAGAGGGCAAGUCAAGUCGGCAUGCUGAGAGGAGGAGAGAAAGGCAUGAUCACAGGGUAGAGCGCCAGGAGUCCAGCGACCAUGAAGUUCCUAAACCAGAGCAUGUGGAGGAAAGGAGGAGGCGAGACCGGCAUGACAAAAGGCUGGAGAGACAGGGGUCCAGUGAACAAGAAACGCCAAAACAGGAGCAGCCGGAAAGAAGGAGAGUUCGGCAUGAGAGGAGGGUAGAGAAACCAGAGUCCGGCGAGCAGGAGACCCCAAAGAAGGAGCCUGACAAACAAGUAGGAAAGGCGACACUUGCCGAUAUUGUAGAACAGCUACAGGAAAAGGAAGCGUCACAGAAUAACCCUGCAAAUCUGGAUUCUCCGGCCCGCUUACCUAAUGGCGUGGAAAAACUUCCAGACAAAACGUCGAGGCCAGACCGGCCAAGAGCACGUGACCGACCCAAACCCAGAAGAAGGCCUCGUCCUAAGGAUCCAAACCAAGCACCAGGGGAGGCCCGGAGAUCCCGCUCAGCACCAGCGCAAAGCAGCGUCCCUCCUCUACCUCCUCCAACCCACACUGUACAACAGGAAGGAUACCUCAUCAGGAAACAUGAGCUGGAUGGACCAAGCAAAAAAGCCUCAAACAGGUCCUGGGUAAACUUGUACUGUGUGCUGAACAAAGGGGACAUGGGGGUCUACAAGGAUGCAAAAAGUCAAAGUUCAGGAGCAACACAUGGAGGUGAACCCCUUCUGAAUCUAAAUGGAGCUUCCUGCGAAAUAGCCAAUGAGUACAAGAAAAAGAAGUUUGUCUUUAAACUCAGGUCGACAGAUGGAAGAGAGUUCCUCUUUCAGGCUAAAGAUGAGGAGGAAAUGAAAAACUGGAUUAUGGCUGUAACCACUUGUGUCUCUGAACAUGUCGAGAUAGCCAAAUGGAGCCAGACCCUCCUUACUACCUCCUCCACUGAUGAAGGAAACAUAAAACGAGAGUCCGAUCGCAGAUCCAGCGCUGGGGGCCGUAAGAAGUGAACCACAAGGGGGAGCAGGGAGCUUCCUACAUUGCCCUCCUUCUGUUCUUCUUCUGCCCCUAGGCAGAGCCAGGUGUUAGUCAAAUACCUGAAGAGCAAGCCCUUCCAGAUCUUCUUCUUACAGGUGGUCCAGGGAGUCUUCUGACCCGUUUCGGAACUGAAUCUUGAUGUCUAUGCAUUAUCUGAACAUAGUUUUCCUACCCCAGAAACUCCUGAGUGUUAAACAAUUUUAUCCUGAAACUUCCAUCCUACAAACGUUCCCUCUCAGUUCCUCAAGGGCCUGGUGGGUGGUCAUGUAUCUAGCUCUUUUAGAGUUUGGUGAACACUCAUCUAAAGGGCCCGAACAGUAGAACACUGUAGCCUACGUCUGUAGUACAAUAUAGUUGAUGGGAAUACGGGCUCUGAUAGCUGAGGGUUCAGGAACACUCGCGAGUUUAGGGGAAGAACCUCACAGCUUUGGUGACAAGUCUGAAUUCCUUUAUAUACGUAGAUCAGGAUCAUGUGAGAGCACAGGUGUUAGGAGAUAGCAGAGGACCAGAUGUCUAGUUUUCUAUUUAUUUUGACAGUUAGCAAAAGGAAAUCUUCAAAAUACUUUUCAGAGUGCAAUAUUCGUGUGGCUGCUACAAAAUGCCGGGUCUGUGCCAUAAACAGAAUCCCUAUAUCAAGGACAUUGACUAACCUUCAUCCUCUCUGUAUAUUC